GGCCCUUGGGGGCCACAGGGAAGAUUAGCCUUGAUCCUAGUUACCAUGGGAAAGCAGUGAAAGGCUUUAGGUAGGAGUACAGGCAGGGUAUGAGGUGGGCCGGGAAGGGCAGGGCCCACUUGGGAAGGCCCAGACUGGAGGUUAUUACAGAGUCCAGGCAAGAGACGGUAACUUACACCACAGUGGGGGCAGUGGACAGACUCAAAAGCUAUUUUGGAGGCAGAAUUAGUGGCCAGGUGCUGGAUUGAAUGCAGGAGCUGAUGGCAGCGGACGAAGCCUGAGUAAUGGGCCGCCCCAGAAACGGGUGAAGACCCCAGGGCGCGGCGACCCGGACGGCAGCGCUCGCGUUAGGACCCAGCGGAUCCGGGGCUGGAGGGCGGGCGCCGGCCCGUCGGGGGCCAGGAGCGGGGCUCGCAGCUGGCAAAGGGGCGGCUCCAGCGGGCGGACUAGGAGCCGGCGGUGGAGUGACCCGGCCAGCUGUCCUCUGACACCAGCCCAGCCCGCCUCACCGUGUAGCCAUGAGAGCUGCCUACUUCUUCCUGCUAUUCCUGCCGGCAGGCCUGCUGGCUCAGGGACAAUAUGACCUGGACCCAUUGCCACCAUUCCCAGACCACGUCCAGUACACCCACUAUAGUGACCAGAUCGACAACCCGGACUACUAUGAUUAUCAAGAGGCGACUCUUCGGCCCCCUGAAGAACAGUUCCAGUUCCAGUCCCAGCAGCAAGUCCAACAGGAAGUCAUCCCGGCCCCCACCUUUGAGCCAGGAAAUGCAGACACAGAGCCCACGGAGCCCGGGCCUCUUGACUGCCACGAGGAGCAGUACCCGUGCACCCGCCUCUACUCCAUACACAAGCCCUGCAAACAGUGUCUCAACGAGGUCUGCUUCUACAGCCUCCGGCGAAUGUAUGUCAUCAACAAGGAGAUCUGUGUCCGCACAGUCUGCGCCCACGAGGAGCUCCUCCGAGCUGACCUAUGUCGGGACAAGUUCUCCAAAUGUGGCGUGAUGGCCAGCAGCGGCCUGUGCCAAUCUGUGGCAGCCUCCUGUGCCAGGAGCUGCGGGGGCUGCUAGGGUGGAGCUAGCACCCUGAGCCCUGGCCCCUCCUCGGAUCUGGGGCCCUCAGGCCCUGCCUGACCUGGUGCUUUUCUCCCCAGCCUGACAUUCCUUUUAUUCGUAAAGUUAGUGGACUGCGGGUCCCAGGGGUUGUGUCCGGCCCCUCCUCCAGCAUAUGGCUAUCCCUGGGACACAAUGGGGGCUCCCCACUGCCCAGUCUUCGCCCCCAGGUGGGGGGCAUCCCAAGCCUCUCGGUGGAACCUGAGCCCCCGAUAUGCCUUCUCAGUCCCUCUGAGGAGUCAGUCCCCUGAGGGCAGCUCCCUGAGGUAUGCUAUGCCCCUAGCCCCAGCUGGUCUGCUUGGAUUUCCUACA